CUUCAACAUGUAGCCGAUUGGUCACAGAACGCACCUAUCUUAGAAUCGUUUUUAAAGGGCCAACGGAAAUUCCACUCUUCGUCGCACUCUUCUACUCUUUUACUCCCCACCAUAAUAGUUGGUCGAAUUCUUUCCAAUGGCAAGAGUCAAAGCAGUAGGGUCGGUAAGAUUAUGGAUGUAUCGUAAGUUGUGUAGUAGCCUCGACAAAGGCGUACUGAUUAUUUUCAUUUAGUCGUCCACGGAUUGCCAUUACGGUAGUUAAGUGAUUAUUUUUUAUUUUAAUUGUUUUUACAAUUGUGUUUUUUUUAUAUAGUAAGAAUUUAAAAUCGAGCAACACUUCCUUGGUUAUUUUUAUUAAAAGAUCGUGCCUUGAUCGCUAUGUAAUCAGAAUAUAUGCAUCUAUAUAUUUAUAUAUAAUGUAUUUGCAUGCAUGCCUAUGGAAGUGUAAUUUAAAAUCGCGUUCUUAUAUUUUCGAAUGUUUUAUCGGUUAUAAGAAUGACAAUUAAAAUCGUUAGGUGAACGCUAAUAGCCUUGACAUUGAAGUGAUAAUGAUUUUGUGAUAUUCAUUAAAAUUUUUAAAAAGGAAUAUUUAAGGAAAGUUCAUUGUUAAUUAUUACGGAUUACAACGCCGAGGAAAAAAGCAAGGUCGAACACGGCGUCUUGUUGAUUCAUAUUAUUGAGGCAAUUCUUAAAACUCCAAAUGGCCCAACUGGAAACUUUAGAAGCAAAAAUGGCGAGCAUCGAAAUAUCAUUAUCAGCAACUUCAAGACGAAAAAAAAACGGGAGUGUUUCAGGAGGAAUUACAUCUCCAACAAGUCAUCGAAAUAGAGACUAUUAUAAAGAAGUAAAUUCUUUACGUAUUGCCCUACGAGACAAGGAAAAUAUUAUUCAAACCUUAAAGAAUCAACUAUGCAAUAAGUUCAGCAACCGAUUGAUAUUAAAUAACAGAACACCUCCCUUAACAGAGAUGGAUAGAAAAGCAACUGAAGAACGUCUUCAAAGUCUCAGACAAGAUGCUGAUAACAAGAAACAUGCGAUAAAAAAUCUGAAACUUGCUCUGGAACAUCUCGAUAUUACUGAUAAUAUCGAUGUUCGAAUUCAACAAGCAGAACUUGAAUACAGACUGGGUAGAGAAGAACUAGAACUAUUAACAUUGCGAGAAGAAAGUAGAACUUUGCAAGCUACUUUAGAAUUGGCGAAAACUCGAGAAAAACAAAAGAAUGAUACUGUUUUUAGCUGUAUAACUGGUUCUACUCAAAUAACAAUACAUGCUAUAGAAGUUAGUGCUGAUCCCAAGAGUCCACGAUUUGGCGCAGGUCCACGGGAAGAUGCUGUUGGUCUCUAUAUUGACUGGGCUAUUGAAAAUUCGGGUCUUUUCAAAGGGGAUAGAAUAUUGGAAGUGAAUGGUAAAUUAGUCGUUGGAGUAGGCGGAGAUGACUUAGCGCGUUUGCUUGCCGUGACACCUGAUGCAGCGCAGAUUGUUGUGCUAAGAAAGAAUGAGUCGAUUGCAACAUUACGAACCCUUCAAUCAGACAAUCUUCGAUUAACACAUCGAAUCAGCUACUUGGAAGAACACGUGCGUGAUCUAUUAGCACCUAGAACCGAUAUAUCGUCUACAACUAUUACUACUGCGUCACAACCCACAAGGCAAGAUCAUGUUCAGGUUUUUCAAAAAGGACCUCAAGUAACUGCACUUGUUGCUGGAAUGACAAAUUUAGGUUUCAAAAGAUCUCCAGAUAUUCGACAGAGUUUACCUAAUGUAAAAACAUCUGAAUAUCAAAGCAGCCAAUGUGAUACAUUCAAUUGUUCAUCAUCGGAGGCUCUAUUAUCUCACUCGUCUAGAUCACGGCAUUCAUUAGAACAAGGUCAGAUCCAGCUGGCUAAAUCAACAGCAAGUCUUGAUCUUCUGCAACGGCAUCACCAUCAACUUCAUCAUUCAUCAAUGUUCUUAUCAUCGCGUAGAUAUACAUCAAGAAUGAAUGAACAGAUACAUAAUUAUAAAAGUCGCAAGCAACAACAACGACAGCAACUGCUGCUUCAGACUUUUGAUUUUGACUCUGAACCAACAUAUUAUAGAUUACAGGAUACACAGUCAAGAAUAUCAGAACACUCAGAUGUAUCAAUGACUACUUAUAAUUCACAAGAUUAUAACGCUAAAAUUCGUCCAAUGCCGCCAAAAAAGCCUCUUAGACUUUCUUUACAUCGAACUACGAGUCUCCAAUCAAUUGAAAGCGCACCACCUACAACUAUGACUGUAUCAAAAAAUAAUCAUUACCAAGAAUCUUAUGCACCAGUAAAAAAAUCAAUAAAGCGUAACCAUCGCGGAGAUCCACCACUUCUGGAUAAUAAGCUCUAUGGUGGACAACGAACCGGAGAAAUUUUGAUAACAGAUCAAGAAACAUCACAAACUUCUCCUAGAACACCUUCACGAGCCGAAUCGUGUCAAAGUGCUCUAAGGUGGCCAUCUCCUAAGCCUAAUCCACAUCUGGCUCAGCUAUCUAUAGAGAAGUGGUACUGAUUUCAACACAUGCAGAU